CAAUAUAAUCCUUGCUUCUCAAUUUUCCACUCUUGCCACACUAAAACCAACAGCAGCAGCCUGUCAAAGACAAACACACAAGAUGGUUUCCCCACUGAAGACCUUCUAUACGCAUCGCCUAACUCUGAAUGACUUACCAAUCCACUCACAAGAUAUCCUUUCUUACAAAAGUUCGGGAAAAGACAUUAUACAUGGUGACCGGGCUACAAGCCAUUAUAUUGUUACAGUUAUCCGUAAAGCUGGCAUGAAAUCUACCUUUCUUGGCGUAUUGGAGAGAUGUAUGUUUGGCUAUUCAUUGACAUAUCGUUCCAACAGCAGUAAUGAUAACAGUAAAUCAAAGAAAAAAAAGUUGUUGUGUUGUAAACAUCAAUGGAUCUAUUAAAGCUGGUGACGGGAGCAAAGACAACGGCGACGACAACGACCAUACUACUGCGAAGAAUAGGUUUGACGAAUACUGUAUAGCACUACUUGCGACACAUCCUGACUGUCAAAAUAUGGGGCUCGGCAAAAUGUUGAUGACCUCGGCAACGGAGCAUGCCAGACAAAUGAGAUUCAAAACGAUGGUCAUAACUGUGCUCGAGAUGAAGUACAAGCGCGUUUUUGGGAUCCAAAGACUAGCGUUCUGAGAAGUUGGUGCAAUGUUGUUCUCUCCUCCUCCUCAUAUCGAGGUCAGAAACGGGAAGACACUCCAAGAGUUGGACUGAAACGGGAUUUGUAGUAUAUAGAAACAAAUUGUGUCUUAAUCUUAACGAUCGCUUGUAUUUACAUCUUUAAUAUACGCCUACUCUACAUAAUAAAAGCGGACGGUAAUGUGUUCUCGAUGUAAUAUGUAACAUACAGUGUAUUCAAA